AUGGAACAUUGGGCAGUAGUUAAUAAUCAAAGUAUACCCAGAGAAGCAGUUCCGUUAAGUCCUAACAGUUGUUUACCUGAUGUGUUGAGAAAAACAGAUCGCGGAGAAGAUUUUGUUCUUUAUAAAAGUAAUCAUAUGAUUAUAUUUACGUGUAAGUCAAAUUCGGAUGUGUUAAAAAGUUGUAAUCACUGGUUUGCUGACGGAACGUUUAGUGUAAGAUUUGGAUGA